CAUAAAUCAAUCUGUUUUUUGAUGAGCUGAGUGCUGUCAUCACGACCUUCCCGCCCCGCCCCAGUAUAUUAAUGGUCACCCGGUCUGCCCGCCGUCAGUCUGCCUGAGAACGACGCCAUGCAGUCACUCCUGGUCAGCUCCUUCCUAGUGCUCGGCGUGCACAUGGCCGCAAGCUUUGAGAGGGCUCGCCUGUAUUCGGAACCUAAUGGGAAAGGAAUGCAGCUAACCACACAUGGAAGUCUCGGCGAUCUGACCAUGUACAACUUCAACAACAAGAUGGACAGCGUCUAUCAAAGUGGCUUAUGGAUUUACUACGAACAUCCUGCCUACAAUGCCAUGCCCGGAUACGCUGUUGUCAUGUACGGUGAUCGAGUGUCUGCAAAUCUCCCUGAGGGUUAUAGCAAUAUUGUGUCCUCCGUGCGCCUGGUGAAGAGCUCCCACGACGGAUACAAAGACCUCAUCACGUUAUACAGCGGCACCGGGUUUGCGGGCCAGGAAUUAAUCACGGGGGUCAGCCGGGGCUCUCUUGAUUACAUGGCGGACCAGGUCUCCUCGCUGAUUGUCAUUGGAAGCAGUCCAUGGACCAUAUACAGUGACUACAACUACAGUGGACAACAGGCGUGUGUGUAUCCUAGCACUGACUAUUAUGUGAAUGAUGAUGGUGAAGUAGUCUAUUUCGGCCUCUAUGUUAACAUGACUUCGGUGGGCUUUUUAGACAACAGCAUCCAGUCAGUGCUGAAGGGAUGCUCCUUCUGGAGUAGGAAUGAAAAACAGUGAAGAUGGACGAGAACACGAAGCCUACUAGUAAGACAUCGCGCCGCCACCAGCUGAGGACUUCAGAACGGAUGCUCCCACGGCGUACUUUGGCUUGAGCAACAGAGCCAAAUUUACAUAUUGCACAUCACGUUGUAAAAAAAAUGUUUUACCCAAAGCUAACUAGUCUGCUCAUGUGUGAUGGUCAGCCAUGCGAUAAUAAAGGGAUAUAUACAAAUA